UGCAACACCCAUGAAGACUAUCCAAAAGCUACAAUUGAUCCAUAAUGCAGUUUUGGGUGCCCCAUGAUUACCAUUGCUGUAUUUAUCGACAUGGAGAUAGAAGUCCUAUUGAAAACUAUCCCAAUGGCUUACACAGUGAAAGUGAAUGGCCACAGGGAUUCGGGCAAUUGACUAAGAUUGGAAUGCAGCAGCAGUAUGAGCUUGGACAAUACAUAAAGAAGAGAUAUUCAGAUUUUCUGAGUGACAGUUACAAAAGAGAGGAGAUCUUAAUCCAAAGCACUGAAAUUGAUCGAACCAUAAUGAGUGCCCAAGCAAAUCUUGCUGGUCUGUUUCCUCCUAUUGGUGAUCAAAUCUGGAAUCCUGAACUCCUGUGGCAACCAAUCCCAGUACAUGUCAUCCCAAAGGCAAGCAAUCCAAAAUUACGCUAUCCAAUUUUUCAAUGUCCACGCUACAUAGAGCUUUUGAAGAAAACCAUAGCAUCAAAUGAAUUCCAGGAAAAAAUUAGACCAUAUGAGGAAAGAGACUUGAAGUUUAAGAGAGAGAAAUAAUCACUUCCUGACAUUGACCUACUGAAGGAUGACCA